CCCCCCUCACUGCUCUUUAUUUCUCCACUCACUGCUCUCUAGUUUUAGGUUACAGUUCUGGGCGCUCCCCUUCUUCCCUGCGCUUCCCACCGUUCAUCACUCUCGGAAAACUGAGCCCUCGGGCUGAGUUUUCCGUCCGGACCGACUGCUCCGCACACGCGAGAGUCUGAGGGAAGCUUUGAAGAAGAAGUUAUACUGGGUAUCAUGAACAUCAAUGAUUUUGUGAUACUCCCAGGCUCAAAAACUGGAACCUCAGUGAGAUUAAAAACAAAAACCAUCAGAGAGUUGCAGCUGGAGAAAGUGCAGUUAGAGACAGAAAACAAAGAGAUGGAGAAGAAAUUACAGCAACUCCAGUCAAACAUGAGCAGAGAGAAAGAGGAGAGAAAGAAAUUAAGUGCUUAUCACUGGAAAUCUGGACAGGCAGGACCAAUGACCAUCCAAGCCCCAGUUUUGUCACAAAGUAAAGAAAACUGGAAAAAGGUUUCUUCAGGAAAAGUAAAGCUGCAAAUACUCAAAGACCAGAUUCAAGAGCCAGUGAAAGGACAAUUUAAACCUGAAAUGGAAAAUGCUGUAGCACAUAAAAACUCUGAAGUGGAGAGGGUGCUAUCUGAAAUGAAGAGUGUGCUGCUGGAACCACCCUCGGAAUCAACCUGUGCAGGCCCUGGAAAUGAGGACAGAGGGUUAUUGUUAAAUGGCUCAUACAACGAGGAGGAAUCUGCCAAGUCUUUCCAGGAAGCUUUGCUGCAGUGGAGGAAGGGGAGGAGUGAUCCCAGGGAACAAGUGCCAGCCAGGGAGGUGCCAGCAGAAUCUGUUGGAAUUUGUGAGGUCCAGACCAGUGUUACAGUUCUGGAGGAACCCAUGCAGGUGGAAUUCAAGAAGGAUGGCCUGAGCUACAUGGAGAAACUCCUGCUGAAGAAAUACAGAAGAAGUCCUGUUGAUCAACUUCCUGAGAGUUGCCUGAGAGAUUUAGAGCCUGUGCAAACCCUGAGUGUCCAUCAGGCCGGGACUGGAGGAGGAAGUGAUGAUGAUGAUGAUGAUAUGGAUGACUUUUCAGUGGAAGAGAUGAAGAGGUUUUGGGCAUCUCUUUUUAAAGUGGAAGAAUCCAACACCCCUUCUGAAAGUGCAGAGUCAGAGUCCUCUUUGAAAAUUGAGUUCCUUGAUGAUUCUCGCAGCACAGACUUGGAAGAAUCAUCCAGCUAUUUGGUGGUGGAAACUGGGGCUGAGGGAGUGAAUAAACAAGGCCACACAGAAGCACUGGAGCGGUGUGGAAGAAAUCCUGUUUCUUCUCUGGAAAUUUCUCAAGAGACUGUGAGGUCACUGGGCUCCUGUGAAGCACCUGAGGAGGGCAACACCCACCUUGAGACAGAACUGCAGGAAACCAGGGAAGAGUCCCAAGAACUGGGCAGUGUCUGUGACAGUCACAGUUUGGCCUUGCCUGUAAUUAAGAAAUCUUCCCCAUUGCAGGACGUGGCCAGGAGACCCAAAUCUCUCUCCACGUCAUACCGGGGACUCGAAGGUUUCUUUGGUGCAGGUGCGAACCCCAGACAAGGAAUCCUGGAAGCCCCUUCUUCCCUGAGUGCUGCCUCCAGCCCUAGGGACAGCAGCAUCACUUUGCCAGGAGGUGGGCAGUGGGUUUCUGAGAGGAGCUUAAGUGAAUAUGCUGAGGACUCUGUGGUUCAAGGUGUCUUGGAAAGGCAGUUGAACAGACCCUCCAAUGGCUUCAGGGCUCAAAGGAAAAAUUCUCCUCAGGUGGGGGUGUGGAGAUCAGGUCCUGAAAAACUUUCCAGCUCAACUUUUGAAGAUGGAACCUCCUCCAGCAGAGCCUUGGAGAAGAUCUUUGGGAAUUCUACAGAUUGCCAUCAGAACCUGGAACUGAAAGACCAUGACACGGUUGAUAUUUUUGGGGCCUGGGAUGAAAGCCAAGUGGAUGAGGAGGAAGAAAUUCUGGAGGAUAAGCAACAGGUUCUUGCAUUACAGUGAAUGUGGAAAGGACUCAAUUCUCUCUCCACCUUUGUGUGUCACACCAAACCAAGAAGCAGAAGAGCUGUUUUGGGUGCUGUUCCAGAUAUUAUUUACCAAGGAUUAUCUUGUGAAGUUGUCAGUAAAACUUCUUAAAAAUA